UAGAACGGAUAGCGAGGAGGUCAGCCAAGACAGCCGCGCUUUUCCGAGAGCAUACGAGAAGGGCGCGCCGGCUGCGACCGGCUUCCUUCGCUCGUCCUGCGGUGUACGUUUAUCUGGGCGCUCGUUUCUUGGUGCGGAGUUACUGUGUGCCGAGCUUGCGAAAGAAGGACGCGGUUGCUUGCGGCGUCCCCGAUUGCUUCGCACGUUUAUCGAAAGGCGCUGGAGAAAGGUGUACGGACGUCAACGGCUGCAGCCAUGGCAACGCGCCCGCUGACCCGGGUGAUCGAGGGCAUGCUCUGGAGCUACUACUUCCCCGAGCAAUGCGUCCGCUCGGCGCUUGCCUACCAACCUCUUCCAGACGACGUGUUCAUCGUCAGCUACCCAAAGUGCGGAACGACCUGGCUGCAGUACCUGGUCUACAACAUAUACAGUGGCGCAGUUCCUCCCCGGAACCGCGAGGAGUUCUGGGACAGCACGCCCUUCCUGGAGAUGCGCGGCGCAGAGCGGUCGAUCCUGAGGAGAAAGCCGGGUGCCAUAAAGACGCAUUUGCCCUUCGACAGGCAGCCCUACUCGCCGCAGGCUAAGUACCUGUACAUCACGCGCAACCCGUUUGACUGCUGCGUCUCCUACUACUACCACACCAAGCACCUGCCGGGCUACUGCUUCGAAAAGGGCACCUUCGGCGAGUUCUUCGAGCUGUUCGUCACGGGCGACGUCGAGUUCGGCGACUACUUCGACCACCUGCUGUCGUGGUACGCCCACCGUUCGGAUUCCAACGUCCUGUUCCUGACCUACGAGGAACUCAAGAGGGACACCGCGGCCGCCGUGGUUAAGAUGGCCGGCUUCCUCGGCGACCAGUACGCGGCGAGGCUGCGCGACGAACCGGCGCUGGUCGAACGCAUCCUCCAGGCCGCGGCGCUGGGCAACAUGAAGAAAAUCUUCAACUCGUGCGACUUCGCCGUCAAGGACGAGGUCAAAUCGGCAAGCGUCAAAUCCCAAGAAUCCCAAGUGGCAGCGAAUAGCACGAGCGUGGAAGAACUGGUCCGUAGGCCGAUGACCGGCGAGUUUGUCCGCAAGGGCACCGUAGGUGACUGGAAAGGACACUUCUCCCCGGUGCAGGUGCAGCGCAUGGUGGAGCUCAUCAGAGUCAAGACAGCCGGGAGUGACGUCAUGGACUUGUGGAAGGACAUUGAUAUUCCCCGAUGACGUAUAAGAGGUCCCGCAGGUGUAAUAAACAUUUUCUUUUCGUUCUA